AUGGACGUCUUACCACCAUAUUCCACACGACCGAGCGGUGGGGACGACGGUGGUGCCCAACCACCCUCAUACGAGCCACCCUACCCACUGUUCAUCGGCAGUCGUGCCCUCCAGACACCCUUUGUCAGCAUAUCUCAGCUCAAGGGCCACCUAUGUCUCUUGAGGCACUUUGCCUCCCUCAAGGAACGAGUCGAAGGGAUCGACCGUUCCAGAUACCCAGAUGUCCCCAGCGAUAAGGACCGCAAGUGGUCGUGGUUCGUUGGACUGGCCGUUGAGAGGUUCGAAAGAUGGUGCAAGGCGCUGACAGCUCAAGACGAAUUGGAUUUCGCUGACCAGCAGCUGCCUCCUGUCGAUGUUAUCAUGGUUUGGCACGCCUACUUGUCAAAUCCUGCGCGGUAUUCUGAAGAUUCGCUACGAAACAAGCACAUCAAGAUACUUGCAAGCAUAGGUGACUGGUUUCGGGACCUCGAACGGACAUGCUACACCAUCGACUCGCCUCCGUCAAACGCCCGUGUCCAGAACUGGCUGCAGAAGACCCAUCUCCCCUAUGAUCCUUUCGAGUCGGCAAUGAUAUUGACUGAGCGAGAAAUAGUUUGCUCCAAAUGUCUCACGAAGGUCGACGUUCGCCUGGCAGAUUCCCUUGGUACCGGAUAUCUCCAACAGGAGUUCACAGCCAGGUGCAAAGGGUGCUGGCUGAAGAUUACGAAGGAAAAGUUGUCUUUUCACAAACUUGUGAAGGACCUGGUGGGUUCCAGCGAUGUCCUUGCCGGAACUCUUCACACGCCUUUUAAUAUCGACAAUUCGGGUCGUGCGAAGGCUAUCAAGUCCCGCAUUUUGGAGAUGAGACCGCCAGCAUUUCGGAAGGGAGAUGCGAAAACCGAACAGGAAUGGGCGGUCGACAUACAGGAGAAAAUGAACUACAGUAUGCAGAAAAUUCAAAGUGUUAUGGGCCAGCGUAUGAGGGUAUACGGAGGACAAUUGCUGUCUCGGAUCAUGAGCGCGUGCGAAGAUGACAAGAUAUUUUCGUUGGAUCUCGUCGGGGCAGUACUCCGACAAGGAUCGUUUGUGAACAAGAUGGAUAAACUAGGUUGGACAAACCCGGACUUUUUCUCGUCCUCCGAGGAUGAAGUAGCGCUGAGGCACUGUAUUGCUCGUUAUCAUGCAUUCCUGGACCUGAUGUCGUCGUCACCUGCUGGAUUCUUUGUCCCAACGCUGGACAUUGACCUGGUUUGGCACACUCACCAGCUCAUGGCCCGGGAGUACUCGCGUGACUGUCUCGAAUAUGUCGGUCGGUUCGUCGACCAUGACGACAAGGUGGCCGAAAACAGGCUGUCAAGAGCUUUUGAUAUCACUUGUCGGGCAUGGAAAGACCGAUUCGGGAUCGCAUAUACACACUGCGGGUGUCCGCUCCCGGGCGACACGAUUGGGCAACGAAUAAGCAGGCUCGUAACGAUACAUAAGCAGUCGGUAGCGCUCUCUCACCUCGUCCCGCCCCGGGAUCGAAGCGAUCUCCUCGCAGCGACACAUCCGAGCGACCAUAAUGCGGUGUAUCCGUUCCAGCACCAGGGGCAGGUCGACGCUAUGAGACGGGAGAGGCUGAGUAAGCGGGAGAGGAGGAUUAGGCGAGAAGAGCGGGGGGUUAGUAGGAAUAGGAGUGUUGGACAUGACGCGGCGUUUUUGGUGCCGGUUCCGUUGAAUUAUGUGUAUGGGGUUGGGUGUGUGGCGAUGACGGGGAAUGUGGUUGGAGGGGGUGGAGGGGUCGGGGGAUGUGCUGCUGUUGCGCUGGGUGUGGAGGAGGAGGUAGUGCAGGCUGUGGAGGAGGUGGUGGAGGAGGCUGUGGAGGAGGUGGUGGAUGUGGUGGUAGUGGCGGAGGAUGUGGUGGUGGCGGCGGAAAUUAGUUGCUUCGUGAUACGAGUCGCAAUAUUUUCUGCAUUUUCUGAAUAUGUACCGGAGGUGCUGUCGUGCCGCAUUUAUGAUGAUUUUUCAAUACAUUUUGAUUCGUCUUUCCGUUCCCUCACUAACACUCGUUCUUCUUUCCUACGCUGA